AUGAGUGCACGAAAGGAACUUCCUCUGUACGGGGCAACCGACAUGGCAGAUUCGGCGGGAGGGCUAGACAAGGUACCGAAUAAGUUGAAGAUAAUUACCCGAGGGAGCUGCGGCGGGCCACGUGAGCAGUGGUCACAAACAUGGCACAGGACACUUGCAAUCUCACGGAAACAACGGCUCCAAGGGUCCUAUGCCGGAGAUGGCUGUUUUUCAGAUCGACGUGAGCCAUUCACAUCCGGGCUUUUCAAUGGCCGAUUCCCGAAGCCAUUGCACCUAGAAUGUGACAUCCCGGAUGCUUAUCCAACGCUACCCGGUUCGACGUGUCUGUGGAAAAUCUUUGUGAUGCGGCCUACUUGCCGACCCAUGCUUUCCUCCUCGGAGACCCAAUCCGUCCGGGAGAAACUAUUGGGCCAACGGAUGUGUGCGCAGGGACCGGGAUGGAGACAUGAUAUCACCUGGACGAAUAGCGGGAGUGGAAGGGGGAAGAAUCCGCGGCCAAAGCUCUUGAGCUCGCAGCAGAUGUUCAAAGUUCCAUGGCAAAGAAGCAACAAGGACAAUUUUGGAAAUUAUGAGAAAGGUUGA